GAGGGAUUCGGUUCCCUUCCCCUCCUCCUGCGCUGCGCCCGGCCGGGGACUCGCUGCGCAGCGCAAACCUAUGCAAUCUUCACCGGCUGACACAAAAGAGGCGCUUUAAUUUUAUUUUACACAUAUAUUGUAGUUGUUGUUGUACAGUCCCUUUACGGGAAAAAAAAGCGAGGCACCCCGGACGCCGCGGGACUGCAGAGUGGUUGGGGCGCAGCUUGGCAGUCCCCAGGCAUUGAUAGUUUCACCUGAGAAAGAUGAAGCAAUCCAGAUAUGUUGCAGUAUUCGUAGUUGCUGCAAUACUCCUCGUCAGUUGGAUCACCAGUGCCAGUGCUUGCAACAAGGCUUUGUGUGCUAGUGAUGUUAGCAAGUGCCUCAUUCAGGAACUAUGUCAAUGUCGUCCUGUAGAUGGAAAUUGUUCAUGUUGCAAGGAAUGCAUGCUUUGCUUGGGGACUCUCUGGGAUGAGUGCUGUGACUGUGUGGGAAUGUGCAAUCCCAGAAAUUAUAGCGACACACCACCCACAUCAAAGAGUACAGUGGAGGAGCUUCAUGAACCCAUCCCGUCUCUCUUCCGUGCUCUGACAGAAGGUGAAACUCACCUGCACUGGAACAUUGUCUCAUUCCCUGUCUCAGAGGAGCUCACCUAUCACGAGAACCUGGUCUCCUUCUUGGAAAGCCUGGACAUAUCUCCGCUUCAGAAUGUAUCACUGCCUGUAAACAGCCCCCAUGUAGAACUUGAGGGUGAGAAAGAGCCUCACUGCACAGUGGUCUACUUCAAUGACUGCAUGUCAAUCCAUCAGUGUAAAAAUUCAUGCGAGUCCAUGGGUGCCUCGAAGUACAGAUGGUUUCACAAUGCCUGCUGUGAAUGUAUAGGCCCAGACUGCAUUGAUUACGGCAACAAAGUGGUCAAAUGCAUGAACUGCACCUUUUGAAGACAGGACUGUAAUGUUGAGAAGGUAGCAUGUAAUUGCUGUAGAGCUAAAAAUGGUGACUGUCUUUUUAUGUGAAGUUUUAUGUUGUUUUGCUAUUUUUAAAUUUUUUUUUGUUAAAAGUUCUGCACUUCAUGCUUAAGAAUGUAUACAGAUGUUGGAUCUUCAAAGUGGAUGUGAGAGUUGAAACUGCAGCUUUUUUUAUGAUGUAAUUUACUGCUGAUGUUGUGUAAUUUAAAGAAAAGCAUUCCUUUAAAAUCAUACUGACAUGUAGAUAUAUAGAAUAAAUCAGUUGUAUCUUCUGUUUUUUAAUUGAUAUACUCCUGCAUCCACUUACAUAGUUUUAUGAUUAAACUAUUCUCGUAGGGGUGACGAGGGGUGUUUAGUAGUUAGUGCUACUUUUCUCUCUAGCUUAUGUACAUAGUACUUUAACAAUAAAAUGAAUCCCAAAAGAUCUACCUGUAGAUCAUGUUGGAAAUGAUCUAGCAGAAAUAUCCAUGUUGCACAAAGUAUUCUGUUGGCUUGGGUAACCAUUGCUAUUUUAGUAAUUUGGCAAAAACUAAGUGAUUUGUAUGAAUAUUAGAAACCAAAGUAGGCAUUUCAGUCCCUCACUGAAUGUUCAUCUUUCAAAAACUGCUUCACCCUUACUCCCCCCAAGCAGUCUAAUGUGGAGCAGAAUGCAAGGCUGUCUCUUAUCAUUAGAGAAUUGUACUUGGCAUAUAAAAAAGACAUUUCAUUUCAUUAUGCUAACAUACUUUGUGUCAUCAACUGAAUUCCUCCCCAUGCUCUGAGCCAAUACAGUCUUGACUUGGAACUCCUGCAUAGUCUCACAUAAAUAAUUAGACAUACCUCAGUGAUUUACAGAGAUGUUUGAAACACAAAUAAGGUUUAAGUCCAAAGUCUGCUCUGUUAUUCAAUUAAAUCAGAGCUAAGUUGCUUCCCAACUCCAACUCCCAACUCCACUUUUCCACCUUUGCUCUUCAUUCUUUGAAAAUAGUUAUCAUUCAGCACACACAGUCCCUGUAUUAAUUGAACGGCUCAAGUGAACAGUGUGAGCUGUGGCUGAGUUGGGAGCACUUGCCCCUCUGAGUUAGAAGAUGAAAGGUUCAAGACCCAAUACAGAGGCUUGAACUUAAAAAUAAUAGAUUUGCAUUCCCAUGUAGUACAGAGGGAGUGCUGCAUUCCUGAAAGGCUUUCCCUCCUCGUUUGCUCCCUCAGGUUAGUUAUUUUGAAGAAAACUUCCAAGCUUGAUCAAAUUUUACAACUAAAACAGAUUGGUCAUUAGCAGGAGCCCACUGUGUACAAAUCAACUGCCAUAUUUCCUUCACUACAACAGUGACACAAGAUCACAAGAGAUGCUUUAAAAAUCCAGAUCUGCUUCAAUCCAAUAUAGAACAUAGAAAACCUACAGCACAAUUCAGGCCCUUCGGCCCACAAACCUGAGCUGAACAGGUACCUAUCCAACAGUCUCUUAAACGACCCCGUCGUAUCCGGCUCCACCACCGUUGCCGGCAGCCCAUUCCACGCACUCACCACUCUCUGAGUAAAAAAAUCUCUGGAGCAGAAUUGAAGAAGUUUUGCUAGAGGACUGCACUGGCAAGUAAAAUGGACUGAAAGACUGAAGUACUUCUGAAAUUCUUCCUCCCACCCUCAAUACAAAGCAGUCCUGACAUGGAGCUCCUGUGAAAUCUAAUGCAAACAUCCCCUGAUGUAUGUACUUCUGUCAAAUCUGCUUUACUUCAGAGGGAAAACUGGUCCUAACAGUUCCUUUCCUGAUUCGUACCCUCUUCAAGGUGGAAUGUUUUUUUCUCUGGUCACGGUGUUCUCAAAGUUGCCAAGGCUUCCUCAUGUUUGUUCUUUGUGUGAUGGUUAUGCAUGGAGUUUGGGUUCUUACUCCAACUUUUAAGACCACUGUUCCACAUGUCCUGAAUGUUCUAUAUUGCAAACAGUACUCUUCUGUUAAUAAUUUUUUUGAAUGAUCUUAAAAUUUCAUUUGGUAAUUAAAUUGCAUAUUAUGGUAAAUUUCAUCAAGAAUGUUAAAUUAACAAAUGAAUUCUAUUCCUCGGUACCUCUGUGACCAGGCUUUAUUCUAAUCUGAGAAUCUAGAUCACUUGUUAAUGCUGCAUAUUUUAAGGCAAAUUCACAGUCACGGUGGUAAAGCUGGUUUUACUAAAGUCCAAACGGAAAACAAUUGGAUUUAAAUAGAUUGGAAAUUGAACAAUCAUUAACAACAAUGAAUACAAUACAGGAAGCCUUGAAACUUGUAGAGUUGCAUAAAAUUACUCUAGAUGAUGUUUGGGUUCGAUUUAGUGGUUUUGUGAAA